CAAAUCAACAGUUUUCAACAACAGGCCUAAGAGCACACUUGGAGUUCUUUUUUGAAAUUUAAGUUCCCGAUGACUACUUUUAAAACUGAAAACCGACAUGGAUAUUCGGUAAAAUUUUCACCGAAUCGAUCAAACUUCUUAGCCAUAGCCACAUCACAAUAUUACGGAUUUAAAGGCGGCGGAACGUUGUUUUUGGUGACGUAUGAUGAAGACAGAUGUUUGAUAAACAAAAAGUAUGAAAUGCACUGGGACGAUGGAUUAUUCGACGUGGUGUGGAGCAGAUCGGUUUAUAGCUUACUAGUGACGGGCAGCGGAGACGGAACAGUGCAGAUGUGGAAUUAUAAAUAUCCGCAAAAACCUGUAAGAACGUUUAAUGAACACAAGAAAGAAGUGUGCGGUGUAGACUGGUGUCAAAACUCUAUUGAUGAUUUUUUAUUGUCCGCGUCAUGGGACUGUUCGGUUAAACUUUGGGAUCCCAACAAGUAUUGUUCGCUGACGACGUACAAGGGACACGACAGACUGGUUUACGAAGCCAAGUGGUCUCCGUUUUUGUCUUCGUGUUUUGCGUCGGUUUCAGGCGACGGGAUGUUGAACAUCUGGGACUGUUCGUCACCGCUGCGGCCGAGCGUCAAGAUAAACGCACAUCAAGCAGAGAUAUUGAGCUGUUCGUGGAACCAGUUUUAUCCGUUCGUAUUGGCCACCGGCGGGGCCGAAGGAUUGAUUAGAAUAUGGGACAUGCGGAAAAUGUUAACGCCGAUUUUCCAGCUGGAGGGUUGCCAGGACGCCGUAAAGCGAGUGCAGUGUUCGCCUCACCACUGGUCCACGUUGGUUUCGGCGUCAUACGAUUGCACGACAAAGAUAUGGGAUUACGGUGUGUCGUCGGAACCGCGGCAGAGCCACCAAAACCAUACCGACUACGUGUACGGCGUGGACGUGAGUGCCGACCGGGACGGGUUGAUGGCCGACUGCGGUUGGGACGCCGAGGCGCGCGUGUUCCGGGUCUGAGAUGACGUGCAGUAGCGCCGGACG